AUGAACCACGAACGGAGCCUGCACAACAACGCGGUGGCCUGGCUGGUGUGCUCUGGCCUGGCGGUGCUGGCCAACACGUGGGGCAUCCUGAGCGUCAGCGCCAAGCAGAAGAAGUGGAAGCCGCUGGAGUUCCUCCUCUGCACCCUGGCGGGCACCCACAUCCUGAACAUCGCCAUCCCCAUCACCAUGUACUCGGUCAUCCAGCUGCGCCAGCAGCACUCGGACUACGAGUGGAACGAGGGGCUGUGCAAAGUCUUCGUCUCCACCUUCUACACCUUGACGCUGGCCACCUGCUUCUCCGUCACCUCGCUCUCCUACCACCGGAUGUGGAUGGUACGCUGGCCCGUGAACUACAGAUUAAGCAACACCAAGAAGCAGGCGGUCCACACGGUGAUGGGCAUCUGGAUGGUCUCCUUCAUCCUCUCCACGCUGCCCGCCGUGGGCUGGCACGACACCACCGAGAGAUUUUACGCCAGUGACUGCCGCUUCAUCGUCACGGAGAUCGGCCUGGGCUUCGGGGUCUGCUUCCUGCUCCUCAUCAGCGGCAGCGUGGCCAUGGGGGUGGUCUGCGUGGCCAUCGCCCUCUUCCAGACCUUCUCCAUCCAAGCGGGCAACAACCUGGACAAGAACAAGUUCAACGUGCCCACCAUCGUGGUGGAGGAUGCUCAGGGCAAGCGCCGCUCCUCCAUCGACGGGUCGGAGCCCGUCAAGACUUCGUUGCAGAUCACCUACCUGAUCACCGGCAUCGUUUUCCUCUACGACUUCCUGAUGGGAUUCCCCGUCUUGGUGGUGAGUUUUGCCAGCCUAAAGUCGGACGUGGCCUACGACUGGAUGGUGCUUUGUAUCCUCUGGUGCUCUGUGGCCCAGUCCCUUCUCCUCCCGAUGUUCCUGUGGGCCUGCGACCGCUACCGGGCCGAUGUCCGCUCGGUCUGGGAGAAGUGCGUGGCCAUCAUGUCCAACGAUGACAGCGGGGAAGAGACGGGUUUGGACCGGCCGAUUCCCACGGAUGUAAUGUGCUCUCAACCCUACCCGGACAGCAUCUCCAGGGACGUUCUCACUGUGGACCAGAUCGCCAACUACGAUCUGUCAGCACUGGAGAGGGGGGUUUCACAGGUCUACGCUGCGAAGCCCGUCCCGGAGGACAAAAUGCAGUAUCUCCAGGUUCCUCCGACUCGGCGUUUCUCGCACGACGAAAUUGAGAUUUGGACCACCAGCCAGAUUUCGGCUUACUUUCAGCACUGGGUGGCGGGGGAGGACAUCACUGCGGAACUGGCAAGCCUGCUCCUCCCUCAGCCUCGAUACGACCGGCGGAGGAGCAGCAUCCUUUCCUACCAAGAAGAACGGCGUCCGCACCGAAAGCGCAGGAAGUCCACAGAGAGCACAGUAUCCCUCAAGCCGUUCUCGUGCGAAGACGUCCACCGGUCGGGAGGGUACAAGUGCUUUAGCAAAGAGAACGUGAUGGAUUUCAUGGAUGACCCCAGCCCCCUUCCUACCCCAAGGAGACCACCGGUGCGCUCGGCCUCUGUCUCUCUUUUGCCGGAUGCCUUCCCGCGCUGUUCGACUGCCGCAGUUCUCCGAGACUUCCCCUUGACCACUUUCGAACGAGAACCCCAAGUUCUGCGGAGCAUCUCAGUCCAGGGACGAGGAAGUUCCCUGAUGGUGCCGGUCCCUCUCCCAGCCCAGGAGGACACUCAGAUCCUCUUUCCCAAAGGGAGCUUGGACAUGCCUUGCCACGAACAGAUUCACGUGGAACUUUGCGAGAGUCCCGGCACGGAGGAUUGUCCGAUGAUUAGGAGUUGCUCCAAGACGGAAUGUUUCCGGACAGGUCUGAGUCCUUCCUGGAGAGGCCAAGACGAUCUUCGGAAAAGCGGAAGCAAAGGGAGCACAAGCAGUUUCUUGAGUUCGCCUUCGGCCUCCUCCGGAUACGUCACAUUCCACUCGGAUUCGAUCAGCUCGGCCUCGUAA